AUGGAAGAAAAGAAGGUUAAAGAAGAGCAGUCACUGUUGGAGGAUGCCUCGACUUUACUCAUGUUCUCGAAAGGCAGCGAGGAUCAGUCCCAGGAAAAACGAUCAAGGUCUCAGUCACAGUGCAGAUCACCUAUGAGCAGCACGGAUACCAAUGGGGGACCAUCAACAGCGUCAUUUCAGCAGGUAAAUCCACUUGCUUCGCCUGGUCCAGCUUCGGUGGCUUUACUCAACGACUUCAGUGAAGGAGCAGACGGAGAGUACCCAGAAGCAAAACAUAGUAGAACUCAGAGUUCUUCCUCCUCACACACAAAUUCUAAAAAAGGAAUAGUUGCUGCUGCUGCCUUGGCUGCUGCUGCGACAGUGCCGUUGCCGCUUAAGAAAACAGAUCAAAGUCCAAAACCAGAGAAGGAAGACACAGGUCCUAGAGAAGACGUAGGAGAUGCUUUAAGAACUGAUCGACAAGAUUCCUGGCCAAUCGAAAACUCCUAUGUGGUGGAUCCCGAUUCAGGAAUAAUUACUUGUAUAUGUGGUUUUGAUGACGAUGACGGGUUCACCAUCCAAUGUGACCAUUGCUAUAGGUGGCAGCAUGCUAUAUGCUACGGUAUAAAGGAUAUAGAAACUGCCCCCGAUGAUCACCUUUGUAACGUUUGCAGUCCGCGGAAGCUGGAUGUCAAGAGAGCAAAAAGAAAGCAACAAGAAAGAAUAAAUCCCAAAGGUAACAAGAAACGGAGGAAGAGUAGCCUCGAUGAAGAUGGUACAGGAAGCUCUUCAAGUGGCUCUAACAAUGUGGGGAAGAACUCCAAUGCCGGAACUCAUGAAAUUCCACCUAUACUAGAAAAAAAGAUCGAAAACUUACUGAACGCGAAGGAAUCUUACCCUGUCGCCUAUUAUCCAUUGACAGAGAACGAAUUUAAAGACAAAUAUGCUAAGGUGUUCAUUGAAGAACAUAGUGAUGAUGAUUGGGUGAUACCAUACAAUAAAAAAGUUUUCACACCCAUCCCAAUCGAAAUUAAAGCAUAUUCCGAAGGAUCAAAUUCACGAGGGUUUUCCGGCUUUCCUAAGCUUGGAGUAUUUACACAACAAAAAUGCUCUAAGGGCGAUUUUAUCGACGAAUUCUUAGGAGAAGUCGAUUUUCGUAAAAAGUACAUUUCAGAUCCUAGAAACAAUUACAGGCUUUGGGGAACUACGAAGCCAAAGGUAUUAUUUCACUCUCACUGGCCUAUUUAUAUUGAUGCAAGACUAUGUGGAAACUCAACGAGAUACCUUCGAAGAAGUUGCCAGCCCAAUGUUGAGCUAGUGGCAAUAAGAAUGAAUGACGACAAAAGAACGGUAAAGAUGGUCCUCAGAUCUGUACGUGACAUAGGAGAAGGUGAAGAGUUACACAUUGACUGGCAGUGGGAUCUCUGUCAUCCCAUAUGGCGUAUAAUUAAAGGAGAUGCAUCGGUUGAAUCUCUACCUGACUGUGACAAAUAUUUGCUUGUACAUUCUGUGGAUACUGUUUUAGGAGGAUGUGAUUGUGCAUGUGGUAAUAAUAAAGACUGCUGCCUGCUUAAGGUAAAAAAGUUUUCUCAUACGUUACUAAAGUUGGUAAAAUCCAAGAUGAGCAACAGAUACAAACUGAAUGAAAUUUUGCAUAGAGUUCAAGGGAAGAAAAAGCAACAGGCUCCUGUUUUGUCGCGUUUGGCACAUGACGCUAUAAGUAAUGCCGCCCGGGCUCAUGAAUUAUUAGUCAAUUUUCAUACCGCUAAGUUAAAGUAUUUGGAGGAACAGGAGAGGAAGGGAGGUAUCCAUCCACAGUUGCAUACUGUUCAAAUUCAUGAAAAUCUAGAGGAAAGAGUAAAGCCAUUCAAAUAUCGAUUAUUAGAGAGACACCUUGCCAAACAUCGUGCUACAGAGGGGACUAAAAAUUCUAUCACCUCUGCAGUGACAGUGAUAUCAAAUCCUUUUGACUACGAUGAGUCGCAUAUCACAGAUUUGAAGGCUCUUCCGGUACCGGUCGAAAUAAAUGUAUCUAGCUCACCGGCUAUUAUCAGGGAAUCUAUUGGUUUUGCGCAAACAACGAAGGAAGAUGGAAAUGGACUAGGCUCUUCGUUACCUUCAGCUGUUUCGACUAAAUUUGCAUCGGAAUCGCCAACCAUUUCCUCCGAUGUUUCGCGCCCAUUUAAAAAGAAGCUAAGUUUCGCAGAUUACAAGAAGAAACAGAAGCCAAUUUAG